UGCCGGAAAUGCGGUUGUCCGCGCUCUUUGAAAAGUUCCAGAUCCUCGCCGGCCGCCGUUGGUACACAAGGAUUCUGCGCGAGUGGUCCAGAAGUAGAAUCCAUUCACGGAAGUGCAACUUUUCUGAACUCCUGGUGAUUCGGGAGAAAAACAGCCUACAGGUCCUGACUCCCCGGCAACAAGAGAAUCAGUUGAAGGAAGAAGAGGAGUUGCAGGAUUUGGGUAUUGUUAUUUCUGGGGACACCCUUCCCCAGAGAGUGAGAUUUCUGAACAGGAAUUAGAGCUGGUCCAGAAAACACAAAGACAAAGCAUCUCAGGUGCUGGCAGUGUCCCAAGAACAAAAGAAAAUGGUCAAGGCGGAGGUCACUCCAGAUGCAGCUUUCCUAUCCACUGCUGUAGCAGAACAACCAGCGGACUCACUGAGAUUCAGCGAUGUGGCUGUGAAGUUCACCUGGGAGGAGUGGCAGCUCCUGGACCCUGCUCAGAAGGACCUGUACUGGGACGUUAUGUUGGAGAACUAUAACAGUCUGAUGUCCAUUGGGUAUCAAGUUAGCAAACCGGAUGCACUCUCCAGGUUGGAACAAGAACAACCAUGGACUAUAUUAGAUGAAAGCCAUAGUGGAAUCUUUUCAGAAAUCCGGAAAGCUGAUGAUCGUCUGCUUGGAUACUCACAAAAAGAAAGAAGGAUGGACAUAAUGGAGCAAUGCUAUGAAUAUAAUGCCUUGGAAACUAUCGUCCAGCAGCACAAAAUUCAGUUUCCUUUAAGGGAAAAUCAUGAUAUGUUUGACUUAUGUGACAAAACUCUGAAAUCAAAUUUAACUUCAGCGGCAGUUAACCAGAGCAAUAGCAAUGAAGUAGUGAACUCUAUUGAGCAUAAUGGAGAUGAGAAAACCUUUCUCCAUGCUGAUCACGAGCAAUUUUGUAAUGAAAUGAAAUUUCCUGAGAGUCGAAAAUCAAAUAGCACCAAGUCCCAACUCAUUAAGCAUCAGAAAACUCACAAAAUAGAAAAACCACAUGUAUGUAGUGAAUGUGGGAAAACCUUCAUUAGGAAGUCUUUCCUCAUUGAGCAUCUAGUCAUUCAUACGGGAGAGAAACCGUAUAGAUGUAGCCUAUGUGGGGAAACCUUCUUUAAAAAGUUCAAGCUCAUUGAACAUCAUCACACAACUCAUAAAGGACAAAAACCUUAUAAAUGCACAGAAUGUGACAAAGCCUAUCUCCAUAAAUCACAGCUCAAUAAACAUCAGAAAACUCAUAUGGCAGAGAAACCAUAUAUAUGCUGUGAAUGUGGAAAAGGCUUCAUCCAGAAGACACAUCUCACUAUUCAUCACAGAACUCAUACUGGAGAGAAACCCUAUAUAUGCAGUGAAUGUGGUAAAGGCUUUAACCAGAAGGGAAGUCUCAUUAUUCAUCAGCGAACUCAUACUGGAGAGAAACCCUAUAUAUGCAGUGAAUGUGGGAAAGGCUUCAUCCAGAAGGGAGAUCUCACUAUUCAUCAGCGAACUCAUACUGGAGAGAAACCCUAUAUCUGCAGUGAAUGUGGAAAAGGCUUCAACCAGAAGGGAAGUCUCAUUAUCCAUCAGCGAACUCAUACUGGAGAGAAACCGUAUGUAUGUGGUGAGUGUGGUAAAAGCUUCAGUCAGAAGUCUUACCUCAUAGCACAUCAGAGGUUUCACACGGGGAAGAUUCCCUUUUCGUGCAGUGAAUGUGGAAAAUCUUAUUCCCAGAAGGCAACUCUCAUCAGGCAUCGAAAAAUUCACACAGGAGAGAAACCCUUUCAAUGCAAUGAAUGUUGGAAAGCCUUCCAAACGAAGCCAAAGCUCAUUGUGCAUCAAAGAUCUCAUACAGGAGAGACACCAGAUGGCUCCAAUGGCUAUGGACAAACUUUUGCCUAUGCUUCUAACUUUUAUUCACAUAAAAGAAAACACAAAAGAGAGAAACAUGUAGACUCAAUCAAGGUAGAAAAUCAUUCCACAGCAAGUCACAGCUCAUCACACACCAGUGAUCUCAUCCAGGAAAAAAGCCCUGUUAGUACAGUGACUGUGCAAAUGCCUUCUGUGGCAGCUGAGACAGCAAACAUCUGUGGGCCCCUAACUAAUAGGAACAUAGUCCGUGGGCCCCUAACUAAUAGGAACAUAGUCCUUGUGGGACAACCUGUUGCCAGAUGUGAACCUUCAGGAGAUAACAGAGAAUUUGUACAGGAGAGAAACCUUAUGAAUGCAGUGAAUGUGGUAGUGCCUUCACUGCUCAAUUGCGUCUUAUUUUAUGUCACAUAAAACCGUUUAAGAAAAGUGUGGUGGGGCAUCUGGCCACCUCUGACUUCACAAGGGUGAAGGAGAAUCCAGAGCAGUAGCUCAAGGCUGAUUCCUAUCAGGUGGAAGUCAGACAUGCAUCCUCCCUCCAACUGUUUUGCCAAUUCUGAUCCCAGCUGUCCAUCACACAGCAGUCUGCUUCUCUGUUGGGGUCCAUAGUUCAUUGCAAUGACCACACCAAACUCACAGACAAUACUCACAAUUACAGGGUUUAUUAGGUAAGUAACGGGCUACGGUUCAGUUUGGAAAUGCUCAGGACACAAUUCUUCAAUCGUGACAGCCUCUUCUCAGCUGUGCCUGCAGGCACAUCUCUCUCUGGCUGUCGGCCUCUCAGACACUCAGUUCGGCAUCUGCCUGGCUUGGGCAAAUGUUACAGAGCUCUUUCAGCUCUGCUGAUAAGUGCCCAUAGACACCCCACUCUGCCAGUAAGCCUCAUGUGUGAAGGUGCUUAGGUUUCCCGUUCUGUGAGCCCGGAAGCAGACCGUGCUGUCUCCUGCUGGUCUGCUGAUCUCCUGGUACUGGUGCCAUCAUUUCUCUCCCGGUGCUUCUUACCGUCUCUGGUGUUAUAGCUCUCCUCUGUCCUAGUUCUGCUGCCUCUGCCGACCCUCUGUGUCUUCUGUUAUAGCUCCUCUCUACCUCACUGUCUCUCUCUCCCCAUGUCUCCCUUUAAGCCUAGUGGAAUGCCAAAACUAACCUAUCCCUUUAUUAGGGUUCCAUACACCUUACUUGCAUGGUCCCACCCCCACACGUGUGCCAUGCACCUUAAUUGCAGUAUUAGCAAGCCGUCACAUCCCCUUAGUGGGCCACAAACACCUUAUACGCACUGUUCUAUUUGGUGGGUGUUACAAGACCAUGGCGAAAAAGGCCACAUAAAAGUGGUGAAUUGCAUGGCAAACCUGUAGGAUAAACUUAGGUAUAUUCACUGGGGACUAGGCUUGAGCAAAAAUUUCUAACUCGUUGCAUGGCUACAAAGUGUAUCCUGAGGUAAAUGAUGUGAAUGCAGAGACUGGGAAAUCUGUUACACUCAUCCUGUGUAAAUAUGUGCUUUGGUAUAGAGACAUACUCUGAUGUUAACACAAACACACGUCACUUGUAUUGUGCCAAUUAAAUGAAAAACCACAUAGAAGGUGGUUGGUGGGAAAGGGACAAUACUGAAUUGGUGGGAUAUGGGGCACGUAUAUAUCGGUUCAGUUUCCCCAGAUCAGAAAGAAAGAUGAACUGAAAACCAGGUUGUGUACCAUACAUAAUAGGACUUUAUAUUAUGCAGAAAAAGAAAAACUAGUUUUACAUUGAGUUUAUUCAUUAAUGCAACAAGUAUUUGUCACAUAUGUCCUUUGUACGUGGCCCUGUUUUCCAGGAGCCCAUGACAUCUUGGAAAGAGCAUCAACUUGAAUCAUAUAUAAGUGGGAUCUUUAUACUCUUGCUAAUCUGAUGAAAGGAUGCUGUGGACCAAUGAAUUAUUUACAUGGCCCUUCUAGCCGUGGUCUUGAUGACUCACACACAAGUGAUUGAGUGCAUUGUGCAAAUAAGGUAUAUGGAACCUGUGAUAGUUGGGGUUAUGUAUCAACUUGGCUGGGCCGUGAUUUCCAGUGUUGUAUGGUUGUCCUCCAUUUGAUGUGUUGUAAAUCUUAACCUCUACAUACUAAUAAGGCAGGAAUCGAUUUGUGUGGGGUGUAUCUUGAGUCACAGCCUGCAGGAGGGCAUAACUCAAGUCCCACCCUUACCCAAGUUAUGCCCUUCCCUGGGCUGUGGCCUGCAUCCAAGGUAUAUAUGUGGGUGUCCUGGCAGGGGGCUCACUCUUCUUCCUCUGCAUCUCGAUCCUGCAUACGGUUCAUGAUUGUCUAACCUCCAAUUCUUGGGACCUGAGCCAGCGACUUGCCACCUGACUUGCCAAUUCUGGGAUUUACUGGCCUUUGCAGCCCCUUGGGCUGGCAGCCUAUUGUCUGACGAUUCAUCAGCUUCCACAGCCUUGUGAGCCAGCAGUCUGUGUUCUGACCUGCCAGUUUGGGUUCGUCAGCCCCUACAGCCAUGGGGUCAGGAGAAGCCUCUGCCUGACCCAUGGAUUUGGGACUUGCCAGCCUUCACAAUUGUGUGAGCCAUUUCGUUGAUAUGAUUCGUGAGUUUUGUGAGAUGUUGGCAACGAAUUAUGGAGCCCAAAGAUGGGAAGGAGAGUACUGAGGGGAAGAGAAGUAGUUGAUGUUAAAGAUGAUGGAGUGGUACAGCAACUGGAAAAGUUGGACAUUUGGCAUAUCUUUAAACUCUGCCUCAUAGGAACAACCUUUGUGCCGAUUCUUAUAAAUUAUUCACUUAGAUGCAGUAUCUACAUCGGGUGAAAUAGACAUGGAAUAAUUUGUACAAUAGGUUUAAGUUAGAAUUUUUAAAAGUUAGAAAAUGCUAAAAACUUCUUAGGACAAUUUCUUGUUAAAAUCUAAUUACCAUUGAGUUAGUUCUGACUCAUGAUGGCCCCAUGUGUUUAAGAGUAGAAUUGUGCUUUAGGGUUUUCCAUGGCUGAUUUUUCACAAGUAGAUGGCUAGGCCUUUCUUCUGAGGUGCCUCUGGGUGGACUCGGACCUUCAGUCUCUUGGGUUCAUAAAUGAGUGUAUUAACCAUUUAACUACACAUGGACUCUUGGGGGGAAGGGCUCCUUUUAAUGGAACUUAACCAGCCUAGGAAACAGUGAUUUUUUAAUGUCCGUGCCUUAUCUCAACAGGUGGAUUUAUAAAUUCUUUGAUAGUUUUUGUGACUGUUAACCCCCAAGUUAUUAUAAAUUCCAUGACAGUUUUUCUGACUAUUUAAACCUAAACAGAUUAUAAAUUGAUAGUAGUAACUUGUGACUAUUUAAAUUUAAUUAAAAAAAUAAAAAACAAAAGUCAUUUUCUUAAUUGCUGUAAAAAUGGCAGUAUGGCAGCAUCCGACCUCCUCUGACUUCACAAGGGGGAGAAAGAAUCACCAUCAGCAUCAGCCCAAGGCUGAUUCCUAUGAGGCAGAGGUCAGACAUGCCUCCCCUCUCCACCAUCUUUACAAAUUCUGACACCAAUCAUCCCUCCCAUAGCACUGUUACUUCUCUGCUGAGUUUGAUAACUCAUGGCAAUGGCCACACAGAAGUCACAGACGAUGCUCGUAGUUAUAGAGUUUAUUCAGGAAGUAACAGGUUCCAACUCAGGUUCAGGAACACUCAGGAUACAGUUCGUUAUCAGGACAGCCUCAGUUGUGCUCUUUUAGCUUUGCCUCUAAGUACCCUGAAGCACCCCACUCUGCCAGUAAACCUCCACCCAAAGACACUCAGCUCUAACUGCGUAGGUCAGCAAGCCUAGCUCCACCAAGUGCCCAGAGGCACUCCAUCAGCGAGCCUCCUGCCUGAAGGUGCUCAGCUUUCUCUGUGGGCUGUGGCUAUCUCCUGUCAGUUGCCUGGUUUUGCUGCCACCGUUUCUUUGCCGCUGUUUCUCACCAUCUUUGAUAUUACAGCUCUUUUGGUCUUCUGGUUCCAGGAGCUUCUCAGCACUGAUAUCCUGGGUCCAAGAGACGUGCUACACUCCUUGCUUGUCUUUCUUGGUGGUGAGAUCCUCUCCUACCUCUGGGUGAGAUGGCUCAUUUUAAGACUAGCAGGAUGGCAAAUCUAAACAAUCCAUUUUUUAAGGUCCCGAAGACCUCGUUUGCGUGGUCACACCCCCACAUGGGUAGCAUGAACUUUAUUUGCAUUAUUAGCAAGGUAUCCAGUCCCCCUGGUGGACCACAAUUACCUUAUUUGUAUAGUCCCUCCCAGUUACUUGGGUGAGAGUUACAAGACGAUGACUAAAAAUGACGUGUAAAAGUGAUCCAUCACACUGCAAUUGCACUAGCCGUAUUUCAUGUGUUCAGAAGCUACCUGUGACUACUGCCUGCCCAAUUGGACGUUACAAACAAUGAGCAAAACUUUCUAGCUCUAUAUAUGGCUGGAAUAUAUAUGCUAAGAAAUCUCCAUCAUUUCCAUCCAGAAAAUUUUCAGAGAGCACUGGUUUACAUGAUUGCAGUGCGAUGAAUUACUUAAAUGCUCCUUCUAGCUAUAAUCUUUAUAACUUCCACCAAAUGACUAGGGAGACUAUGCAAAUGAGGUGUUUGUGGCCCACCAAGGGGUUUGGAUAGCUUCCUAAUAUAAAUAAGAUGUGUGGCACCCUUGUGGGGGUGGGACCAUGCAAAUAAGAUGUAUGGAACCCUAAAGAGGGGAUUGGUAAAUUUUAUCCUUCUAAGCUUAAAAAGAGCUGUUGCAGAGGUGGAGCGGAAAGGAUUUCACCACCACCAAGGAAGAAGAGACCAGUGGAGUGCACCACUUGAACUUAGGAUCCCAGUGCUGAGAAGCUCCUGAAACCAGGAGACCAAAACAGACAGAGAGAGAGAGUGGUUUCAAACUGAAGAUAGCUAGAAGUGGUGGCAGAGAAACUGGCAGGAGACGGUGUGGUGAGCUUACUGGCUCACAGAGCAAGAACUGUGUGCCAUCAGGCAGGAGGCCUGCUGGUGCAGUAGGGUGCCUCUGGGCACAUGGUUGGAGGUACAUUUGGUGGCCCAUGUAGCUAGAGCUGAGCGCCUUUAGGCUGAGGCUUUCUGUAGAAGUUGGGUACCUAAGGGGCACUUAUUGGCAGAGCUAACAGAGCUUUGUAACACUUGCCUGAGCCGGAGCAGAAGCUGAUGGCCAGCUUGAAACAGACUGUCCUGCUCGAAGAACUGUGUGAAUUACUGAACCCAGUAGAGCAGUAGAUAGUGCCAUGGGAGGAACAGUUGAUGUCUUAGUCAUCUAGUACUACUAUACAGAAAUACCCAAGUGGAUGGCUUCAACAAAGAGAAGUUUAUUUUCACAGGCCAGUAGGCCAGAAGUCCAAAUUCAGGGCACCAGCUCCAGCAGAAGGCUUUCUGUCUCUGUCAGCUCUGGAGGAAGGUCUUGUCAUUAGCCUUUCCUUGGUCUGGGAGCAUCCCAGCACAGGAACCUCAGGUCCAAAGGACACACUCUGCUCCCAGCAUUGCUUUCUCGGUGGUAUGAGGUCCCCUGUCUCUCUGAUCACUUCUCUUAUAUCUCAAAGAGAUUGGCUUAAGACACUAAUCUUGUAUGUCUGAUCAGUAUAACUGCCUCUAAUCCAUCUCAUUUCAUCAUAGUGAUAGGAUUUACAAUACAUAGGGAAAUCACAUAAAAUGGUGGGCAAUCACAAUACUGGGACUCAUGGCCCAGUUAAAUUGGCAGAUAUUUUGGGGGGACACAAUUCAAUCCAUGACAGUUGUCAGUAUUGGUAAAGAAGAUGGAGAGAGGAGGCAUGUCUGACCUCCACCUCAUAGGAAAUCAGUCUUGGGCUGUUGAUCUUCGUUCUCCUUCCACCUUGUGAAGUUAGAGGAGUUCAGGCACUGCUACCACGCCAUCCCUAUAGUUGGUGUCAGAAGCGGGAUUCUUUGUAAUGGGUUCAGAUUUGUGGAAGCAUGGGACUUUGUAAGAGAAAGAGUGAAGGGGCUUGGGAAGUGAAACUUUUUUAUUUUUUUUCUUAAUAUAUUUUAUUACACCAGUUGACUUAGAUGUCCCCUGAAACCAUGGUCCUCAAAUCCCCGCCCCUGCUAUGCUGGCCUUUGAAGGAUUCCGUUUAUUCAGGAAGCUUCUUCGCUUUUGGUUUAGUCCAGUUAUGCUGACCUCUCCUGUAUUGUGUGUUGUCUUUCCCUUCACCUAAAAUAGUUCUUAUCUACUAUCUAAUUUGUGAAAACCCCUUUCCCUUCCUCCCUCCCUCCCCCAUCUCCUAACUAUCAAAGAAUAUUUUCUUCUCUGUUUAAACUAUUUCUCGAGUUCUUAUAAUAGUGGUCUUAUACAGUAUUUGUCCUUUUGCAACUGACUAAUUUUAUUCAGCCUAAUGCUUUCCAGAUUCUUCCUCCAUGUUAUGAAAUGAAACUUUUGAUUCUUAAAUGGUUACUUCGGUUGUUGUUACCUGUAAUGACUGAAAGGAAAGUUAUGCUCAGCUGAGGGAAGAAAAGCCACAUCGGGAAUUGCUUUGAGCAAAAUACAUGCUGGUUAAAGGAGAUGAUUGAUAAGAAUGCCAGGGUCUACUGGUUCCACCCAGCCAGAGGCACAAUGCCAUAAACAUAUCAAUGGGAAGACAGUUAAGGUAUGGAGAAGAUGAAACUGAAAUGUUUAAAAGGGGUUUAUGCGUUUAUCUGAGUGUACUAUGGAUAUUGAAUGUUUCCCCUACCUAGUGUUACUAAGGGGCUCUGGUGGUGCAGUUGUUAGGUGAUUGGCUGCUGACCAAAAAGUCAGCAGUUCGAAUCCACCAGCUGCUCCUUGGAAAUCCUAUUGGGCAGUUCUACUCUGUCAUAUAGGGUCGCUAUAAGUUGUAAUCGACUUGACAGCAGUGGGUUUGGUUUUUGGUUACUUUUUUGUAGUGCUGUAAAGCAGACCUAAAUGUAUGAUAGAAUGAAUAUUGGGUAUUAUAGAUUACAGAGAUUACACCUUCAGCCAGUACUUGAUUGGAUAUUCUUUAAGGGGAACUAGGAUUUGCCCAAGGGAAACACAGGCUGUUUGAAUGCAGUAGCCCUGUGUAUAGAGUGGGGGCUUAGAUGGGAAACCUGAGCCCCACCCAUAAUUUGCAUUUGAAAAGACAAGAGAACUACUGAGAGAAUAGGAGAUUUGCAUUUGAAGGAAGGGUCUGCGAGGAAAAAUAGCUGUUUCCCUUUUUUAAUUUCGAGCAAGUGGUUUGCCUUUAGGUACGUUAAGUCAGGAAAACUUAGUGCCCAUUAGAACACUCUUCUAGGACUGGAAGUUAAAGGGAGCUGGCAAGAAGACAGUCUGGUAUGCUCACCUCAGGUGACUACCUGGGUCCACUCAUGAGUGGAAGUGGGGAAAGUGCAGCAACGAAGAGACACACUGAGUUUCAACAUUUUCCAUUGGCACACUUCGACCUAGCCCACAGGGACUAGAGAUGAGAGAGAAAGAGAAAGGGCUGGCUGGUCAGAAAUCCAGGGAAUUUUGUGGACUCCUAAGUUUAUGGGUGGAGCCCAUUGACCUAGCCCAAGGGUAUAGGGAUGAGAGAGAGAGAGAAGGGGCUAUCUGGUCUGAAUCACCAGGCUGUGUGUGUGAACUCUAAAACCUAGUGCUAGUACCCUUUGUGACCUAGCUUGGAUGGCUAGAAAUGAGCUGACCAGAAUCCGACUGAAUGAAGAGAAAGAUGUUUGACACUGAGCUGGUAUAGAUUGCUGCAAAUUUGAUAGCUUGCUCUGUACUGGACUUUGCGUAUGGAUGCAGGCGUUCAUCGUUUUUAUGGGAACAGGAGAUUCUUCAAGACCAAGGAACAUGCUUAGAGUACUGGUUUGAUAGGGACGAGCAGUUUUGAAAUUGGCUGUCUGAAAUGAGGGGAGAUAAAGGCAUGACGUGACUGGCUUACAUGCUUUAAUGGGUGUGCUUACACUCAAUGAGAAGGACAAAGGAUCCCCACUAAAUAGAUUCCUCUUUUCCUGGUGGGUCUGGUGAAGAGAGGGUGGGGGAAGAUGCUGAUAGGAUUAUAUGAUUCAUUUGCGAAUGUUGUUAACAGGGCUAAUUGUGAUUAUAAAACUGUAAUUUUAGAAGUUGUAAGUGUGAAGGAAUGGACUAGGGGGGAAGCGCUUGCUAGACUGGACUUACUGCCACCAAACUGGACUAGCACAGCAGCUCAACCUAAUUUUCCUUCCCAAAGUGGCGAAGUUUGGGUAAAAAUAAAUGACAAAUUGAAGGAAGGAGAAUAGCUGAAUAUAAAGGAAUGAAUAAAUGAGUUAUGCAGCAGGGGAAAAAAUCUAACAGUAUGCUGAUACCUUGAGAGAGACUCAAACCAAGGGAAUAAUCUUCUCCCAGUUAAAUUUUAUCAGAGGCCAGAAAGGGUGAAGACAAGUUGAAGUAUUAGAGAACCUAACCAGAUCAGGUGCACACCUGCAGCAGACCUGAAUGGCUGGUACUUGAGUAACCUCAACCUUAGGACUCUUUUGCCCUUCUGAAGGACUAAUUGUUAAUGAUUGUUUUGGACUGGUAAAAUGAUUGAGAGGGGGAAGUUAUCCUUCAAGUGUGAAAGAACCAUGGCUAGAAAAGUCAAAGGGUGGCCUGUGGUGUGAUGGAUUGCUUUUAUGUGGCCUUUCUCACCAUGGUCAUGUAACUCCCACCAAAUGAUUUGGUAGGACCAUACUAAUAAGAUAGAUGGGACCCUAACAAAGGGAUUCCUCAGUUCUGCCAUCUGUCAUUUUGCUAGUCUGAAAAUGAGCCACCACAGAGGUGGAAGGAGAGAAACAACACCACAAAGGAAGAAAAAUCAAGAGUGGAGUGUGUCCUUUGGACCUGGGAUUCCUGUGCUGAGAAGCUCCUAGAACCAGGAGACAGAGAGCUGUAACACUGAAGAUGGCAAGAAGGGGUGGCAGAGAAAUAGCAGCAAGAGAGACCAGCAGGAGACAGCCCAGUGGGCUUCCCACCCCACAGAGUGAGAAAGCGAAUGCCUUUGGGCAGGAAGCCUGCUGGAGGAGUAGGUUGCAUCUGGGCACUUGGUGGAAGUAGGUUUGCUGACCAUGGAGCUAGAGCUGAGUGCCUUCAGGCCAGAGUUGCUGAUGCGGUGGGGUGCCUAGAGGCACUUAUCAGCAGAGCUAGAAGUGCUUAGUCACACUUGCCCGAGCAGGGACAGAAGCCAAGGGUUCAGCUGGAAACCAGCUAUUCUGAUGGAAGAACUGUAUCCUGAGUGUUCUUGAACCUAAAAUGUGGCCUGUUACUUCUCUAAUAAACCCCAUAGUUGUGAGUAUUGUCUGUGAGUUCUGUGUGGCUAUUGCAGUGAAUUAUUGAACCCAGCAGAGAAGUAGAGAGUUGGGAAGAAUGGUUGGUAUCAGAACUGGUAAAGGUGGUAAAGAGAAGAGACAUGUCUGAUCUCUGUCUCAUAGGAAUCAGUCAUGGGCUGUGAAUCUUGUUUCUCCUUUCCCUCUUGUGAAGCUAAAGGAGAUCAGAUGGUUUUCCACCUCAUUUUUACACCAGGGAAGAGUGGGACUUGAGUAAAGGUGGGACUUGAGUCACACCCUCCUAGGACUAUGCAAAUAAGGUCCUUGUGGCCCCCCAGUGGUAAAAAAAUUGGGUAGCUUGAUGAUAAUGUAAAUAAGAUGCAUGGCAUGCUUAUGGAAGUGGGACCAUGCAGAUAAGGUGUGUGAAACCUUAAUGAGGGGAUUGGUAAGUUUUACCAUCCCACUAGGCUUAAAAGAGAGCCAAUCCCAGAGCAGAGUCAAACCUGACUACCACUAUGAAAAAGAGACUAGAGCAGAGACUGUCCUUUAGACCAUAGGAUGUCUGUGCUGAGACCCUCAUUGACCCAGGAGACAGAAAGAGAUAUAUCAUUGAAGAUGGCAAGAAGCAGUAGCAGAGAAAUGGCAUCAGCAGAGGCAGGAGACAGUGCUGUGAGCUUCCUGGACCACAGAGCGAGAGAGCCGAGGUCUUUGGUCAGGAGGCUUGCUGGUAGAGUGGGAUACCUCCAGGCACUUAUUAGAGGAGCUAAAGACCUUGUAACACCCGAACAGGAUAGAGGAUGGGCCGAGGGGACGAGGGCCAGAGAGUGGCUUGCGUGUGGCACACCUGAGAAGAAGCUGUACUGAUCAAAGAACUGUAUCCUGAGUCAUUUCUGAUCCUGAAUUGUAAACUGUUAAUACCCUAAUAAACCCAUAACUGUGAGUAUUGUCUGUGAGUUCUGUGUGGCCAUUGUAAUGAAUUAUCAAACCCAGCAGAGAAGUAGAGAGUACCACUGGAGGGAUGGUUGUUGUCAGAAUUGGUAAAAUGGUUGGAGGAUGAAGGCGUAUCUGACCUCUGCCUCAUAGGAAUCAGCCUUGAGCUGUUUAUGCUGAUAACGAUUCUUGCCCCGUGUGAAGUUAGAGGAGGUGGCAUACUGCUGUGCCAUUCUUACAGUUGUCUUAGAGUUGAACCCUUAUAUCACCUUUGAGAGGUGCCAUCAUUUCGAAGAUCCUGUGUCCUUGGCGACCUGCUGAUGUGAGACGUGAUUUCUUCGAUCUUCAUCAUUCCUUCACACUUUGCUGGGAGCGGGGCUGUUGGCCUCUGUCUUCUAUCCAUGGUUCCUUUCCUUAAUCGCAUACACUAAGUUACAGUGAGUCCUGCUCAUAGGAAAAGAUAUUGGAAUUUGCCAUGCAGAGGCUGUCUCAGAAUUCAUUGUGAAAUCCUGGGUUAGUGAGUAAAUUCACUCAUUCAGAAAUAAUGUCAAGCAAUAUGACUAUCCCAAGCACGUUUUUUCACACGCUGGGGAUACAGCAGUGAACACAACAGGCAAAGAAACAGCCUCUAUGAACCUUACAGUCUAGCAAGAGAGACUUACAGUAAAGUGGAUGAUAAAACAUCAGGAAGCAUGACCGUUAUGAAGAAAAAUAAAGCCUAAUAAGUAUAAAAAAAAAAAUAGAGAUAGUAAAAUGGAGGCGUAUUUUAGUAAGAAUUUUCAGGGAAGGCUUUUCUGGGCAGAUGUCAUAUGAGGCAAGACUUGAGUAUACUGAACACAGCCAACCAUCAUCAUACUUGAAAGCAGAAAACAUUACAGGACUUGUCUAAGUGUUGUCUGAGGCUGCAGCCUCAGGAGCCUCUCCGAAGCUUGCAAAGGAAUGCCCAUGGCUGGGUCCCAUCCCAGACCGCCUGGAGUAGACUCUCGGGGUCUGGGGCCCAGCACUCUGCAUUUAUAACCAGGGCUUUCUGCUGCACACUUUAUUUUGAACAUCUCUGCCCUAAAAAAAAAAAAAAGGCUGUUAAGUCAAUUCCAACUCAUAGUGACCCUAAAGGACAGAGUAGAGCUGACCCAUAGAGUUUCCCAGGAGCAGCUGGUAGAUUCAAACUGCUGACCUUUUGGUUAGCAGCCGAGCCUUUAACCAGUGUGCCACCAGGGCUCUGCCCUACAGCUUGGAUUAGUGCUCCCCUCACCACCAGGAUGAAUUCAGGGCAGACCACUUUCUAGCAAAGCAUGAGGAAUAGAUGAUCUGUAAGCCACGCCACCCUCUCCGCUCAUCCUGUGAAUCUGCAUGUGUGGGAAUCUCGGAAUCCCCACUAUUCUGACAUCAACUAUGAGGAUAAUCACGGGACCAAAUCCUCGUUUUUCGCUGCUGUUCUGUUCUGACGCCAGCCACCCAUGCAGCACAUCUUUCUCUGACCCUAACUACUCAGAGCUAGGCCAGAUCUCACAAGUCACAAGGACACUAUCUUUCAGCCUAAGAUUUCAGAUGCCAGCUGCAACCUCGGGAGGCUCCAGGACUCACCUUGCUUCUGAACUGCUGGCUGCACAUUCAAAGUUUUCCCAUGAUCCCUUCAGGAAGCCAGUUGUGAGCUUGGUAUGCCCCUGGGCUCCUUCACUUCUGACUUGAUUGCUACAAAUUUGGGUGUGUUCCCUUGACCCCCUCAGGGUACCAGCUAUAGCUUAUUGAUCCCCAGAUGCCUCAUUUCUAAACUGCUGACUUCCACUACUCCCGAGGAUUUGAUAAUCCAUUGAAACAGCACCAGAACUCCUGGAAAUUACUAUACCUAGGUUUUUAGGGUUAUAGCUUUAUUACACCAAGGUAUAAACAAACAUGCACAGUGCCAGAUCUGGGAGGGUUCACAACGUGAAGGGUCCAUGUCCCAAAGCAUUUGUUACCCCCUCAUAUGCAUGGACAUCUUUCACCAACCAGGACACCCAUCGAACCUCCAUACACAGAACUUUUAUUGGCUUCAUUAUGUAGUCAUGAUUGGGUCCUCAAUGCAUAGGCAUGGUUGAUUGAAUCAUUACUCUCACUCCUUAAGGUCAGCGGAUAUCAGGCUAUGAGGUAGUCUUUCUGGCUUGGACAACCCCCACCCGUUAGCACAAGCCCUCAGAUACUGGCCUAGAUAACGAAAUCACCUCAGUUAUUCAGGAUAUUACAAGAUUUUAGCAGUAUUGAGGGCAAAAACCAAAUUAAGGUUAAGCGUAAACCCCACACUGCACAUCCUGCCAUGGCAAGUGUUGUGCAGUGGGUUUCUCUUACAUAUGUCCUUUCUGGCCCUGCGGUUGUAAUUCUGCCAGAAAUGAUUGGUUGGGCUGCAGUCUGCCCUGUGAUUGGUCGAUUUGGUUCACCUUGAAGGGAUUGGUUGAUUUGCUAUUCAAAUAGUUGUUUGAAAAUCCACACUAUAUGACUGAGUGACUGCAGUCCACUUGGGAUUAUUUGGUUUCUGGUCCUGCUGGGAGGGCCAUGCCUUAAAAUUGACA